AUGGAAACCAGCAAAAAACCAUCUCCAUCUAUUCGUGAGUCCGAGAUCCCGGGAAGACCAGCCCCGUCCAAGGCGAGGACUGCGUCUGGUCCCAAACCCAAGCAGACAAAGAGUCGUAAUGGCUGCAUCACUUGCAAGGCGAAGCGGCUAAAGUGCGACGAGGCUAAGCCAUCUUGUCAUCAGUGCGCUCGACGCAAAGUGCAGUGUGGAGGAUACAAGAAGGAUUUCAAAUGGCGGCCGUUUGAGGAGACCAACCUGGCACCGGGGAGACCCACUGCCAUGACCAAAAAGGCUCCUGCAGCCCCUUCUCUUCUGUCGAAGUCGGCUGCCAACUCGGACCAGCCUUUUCCCACUCCCCCGACGACGGAGCAAUCGACGUCGCCGAUUCGCGUGCAGUCGAAUGCAUUCCACUCGUCUUCACCCGAAUCCCCUCUGCAGAGCUCUCCGGUCAGCCUCAAGAGCUUUGUUUCUACUGAAUACCACUCUCUGGAUGAGGCUCCGGCAACACGGGAAGAUAUCUCGGUCGGCCAGACUGCUGCUCCCAUCAAUGUCUCUCUGUCCGCCGAAGCUGGGAACCGGCUCGGAAUCAAAUUUUUUGGCCCACCAGAAUACCGGCCCGACCCUGAGUCUCCAGGGCCCAGCUUUUCCCAGCUGCUGGAAGACGAGAGCCAAGAUAUUGAAGAGAUCAUCCGAAGAUCCGAUCCAGGACUGGGACCGUGGAACCUGACUUUCCCUGACGAAGAUUCGCUUUCCUUUGACCCAUCAAGAAUUCCCGACUGCCCCCCGUUGGGACCCGAGAGCCAGGAGAUGCUGGUCUUGCGCUAUGACAAGCUGACAUGUGGCAUUCUGUCGGUAAAAGAUGGCAUGUCCGAGAACCCGUGGCGCACCCUCAUCUGGCCACUUGCGAAAGACAAUCCCGCUUUGCAGCAUGCUAUCUUCGCCUUGACGGCCUUUCACUCGGGCAAGGAGAACCCUUCUCUAAGAGUCCAGGGUGUUAAGCAUAUGCGACAGAGCAUCAACUGUUUGAUGCAACAGAUCCAGAACAUGCGAGCCGAUGCCGCCCUGGCCACGAGCCUGGCACUGGCAUUUGCCGAUACCUGGGAUCAGCAUACCCGGACCUGUAUCCAGCAUUUGCGAGGCGCGAAGGCGCUCAUGUCGCAGGUUCUCACGGCCGGGAUCCAGGACGGACUUGGUGGCGAGGAACUUGACCGCAUUCGCUUUUUAUACAAUACGUGGUCGUAUAUGGAUGUGAUUGCACGGCUUACUUCAUUAGAAGAGUGUGGACCUGAGGAUCUGGAUUCCUCGGUCUUCCAGCUUCCCAGCGGUGCCGUGCACGAGAUCGACCCAUUAAUGGGUGGCGCAACCACGCUAUUCCCGAUUAUGAGCCGGGUAGCGCGAUUGAUCCAGCGCGUGCGGAAAAGCACAUCGAACUCGGUGUCGGUGGUGUCGCAGGCCAUGGAGCUCAAGGCGCUGAUUGAGCAAUGGCAGCCACCCCGCUGGUUCGAGCCACCUGAAGACCCUAGCUCAGAAGUGCAACACAAUAUCCAGCUCGCCCAUGCCUAUCGUUGGGCGACGCUGCUGUACUUGCACCAGGCUGUCCCAGAAAUGCCUUCUGAGCCCACCGACGAGCUGGCUAAGCGAGCCCUGAUCUUGCUUGCUACUAUCCCUCCCACCUCCCGCACGACUAUCAUCCAGGUCUUCCCUCUGCUAGCGGCUGGCUCGGAGGUCGACAUGGAAGAUGAUCGCAAGUGGGUCCUGGAGCGCUGGGCCACCAUUCAGUCCCGUUUGAUGCUUGGCGGCGUCGAUCGCUGCUUGGAGGUUCUGCAGGAGGUGUGGGCGCGGCGUGAUGCAUUCCAGGCCGAUAAACACCGGCAGGAUCUCCUCGGCUCUGGGAGAACAGGCUCCUUUUCGAAUGACGAUAGAGCAGGGGCCAGUUCGGCAGGUCGUGGGGAUAGUUCACGAACAUUCAACCGUGUCCACAAGCCUACCAGCCCACCCAAGAGGCCCGUGGAAGCACGGUCGGGGACACGCGCUUCUAGAUCCGGGACAUCGAGACGGGGAUCUGCGCUGUCUCCACUGGAGAACAUCGAGUUUGAAAGAACUGUACGAGGCAGGCUCCAUUGGGUGAACGUCAUGGCAGAGUGGGGAUGGGAGGGCUAUGAUGUGCAGUAUUUAUUGGCUAGCAUGGCCGAAUCCCUACUCUACUAUGAUGGGUGCAAUAGCACUCUUCUCGACUUUAUGACGCUCAGCGACAGGUGA